AUGGUUGCGGAAGGGUAUCAAAAGCACUACGGGAAUGUGUUCAAAGUGUCCACGAUGGCGAGGUGGAUGGUCAUACUGAGCGGGCCUCAGAUGCUGGAAGACAUACGACGCGCAACGGACGAGCAACUGUCGCUCAAAGACACCGUCUUGAAGACUCUGCAGACGGAUUAUACGAUAGGGGUGCACACCCGCCUCGAUCCGUACCACAUCAAAGUCGUCCGAUCGCCGCUCACACAUUGGGUCACUGUGACAGCGUGUGAUGCUUCGAGAGAGGUUGUUUGUCGAUCAAGCAACCGUCUUUUCGUUGGACUACCGCUCUGCAGAGAUCCGGAUUACAGGUCAUUAAACGAACAUUUCUCAAUGGAAGUCAUUACGCAAGCUCAACUCAUUAACCUCUUCCCAUCUUUCAUGAAGCCUAUCGUAGGACGUCUUAUAUCAAAGAAUAAAAGUAAUCUUCGUCGUGUUGUCUCUCAUGUCGGGCAGAUACUACAUGAUCGCCUCGAAAUGCUCAACCACAAUGACAGAGAAAACGAGAUUAAUCAGCCGAACGACCUGAUCAGUUGGCUGUUAGAAGAGGCGAAAGGGCCUCAAAGGACAAUUGAUGACUUGCCUGCCCGAAUUCUCAACAUCAAUUUUGCGUCAAUCCACAGUACUUCAAUGGGUCUGACCAGCAUCUUGUUCGAUUUGUGCAUGUACCCAGAGUAUAUAGAACCUAUGAGAGAGGAGGUCAGCGCGAUCGUCAAGGCGGAGGGUUGGACCAAAUCAAGCUUGGCAAAAAUGAGGAAGGUGGAUAGCUUUGUCAAAGAAUCUCAGCGGCUAAAUACCAGCUCUUGUAUGUGCCUUGAGUAUUCAGUUUUGAUGGAUAGGAAAAAUACUAAUGGAUAUGAAGUCUCAGCAAUGCGAAAGGCGCUCAAAGAUUUCACAUUUUCCAACGGCGUUACUGUUCCAGCUGGAACUUAUAUAGCAUUUGCUGCGCUUCCUACUCAUCUUGACGAGAGAAAUUAUGACAACGCCAAAGAAUUUCAAGGGUUCAGAUUUAUUGAUAUACGGGACGAAGAGGCUGAAGGAACAAAGCACCAGAUCGUAUCAAUCAAUUCCGAGUUUCUCAUCUUUGGAACAGGCCGCCAUGCAUGGACCAGCAGAAAUUCUGUAGAACGUCUCAGUGUCUAUCAGAAUGCGAAAUCAGAUUAA